CAAUAAAAUACUCAACCAAGCAUUCAGCUCGAUGAAUUACUCUCACACUAGAUAGUUCUCCCUAACAAAGUUUCUCCACUACAAUGGCUUUUGACGACAAUGUAGUAGUCAAAGAAGUCGACGACUACUUCCGGUUAUACAAAAGCGGCCGCGUUGAGCGUUUCUACGACGUACACGGUUCGUUCUACGUUCCACCGUCGCCGGAAAAUCCAUCUGCCGGAGCUUUCUCCAAAGACGUCACCAUCUCACCAAACGUCUCUGCCAGACUCUACCUCCCGGAAAACACCACCGCCGGCCAAAAACUCCCCGUCUUAGUAUAUUACCACGGCGGCGGACUUUGCAUUGAAUCCGCUUUUUUUACAUGGACUCACCGGUAUGUCAAUUCUUUAGCUUCCGAAUUAAAUGUCGUUGCUGUUUCGGUAGAUUACCGUUUAGCCCCUGAAGUCGAUGUGCCCGUGAUUUACGAAGAUUGUUGGAAUGCACUUCAAUGGGUUGCAUCGCAUGCCGAUGAAAAUUCGUCUAGUAAUAAUAAUAAUAAUAAAGAUUCGUGGUUAACGAAUUUUUGUGAUUUUAGUAAAGUGUUUUUAGUUGGAGACAGUGCCGGUGGCAAUAUAGUUUACCAUAUGACUAUGAGGGCCGGCAAAGAAACAUUGAAUAAUAAUGAGGUGAAAAUUACUGGAUCGAUUUGUGCGUGCCCAUAUUUUUUAAUUCGAGGUGUCGAUAUUGAUGAAGAAGGUUUAGCUUAUAAGAUUUGGGUUAAUAUUUGUCCGACAUUGGAAUCUGGAUUAUUAUCCCCAAUUGAUAGUCCAUUGAUUAACCCGCUUUGUGAAAAGGCUCCAUCGUUAUCGGGAUUGGGUUGUUCGAGACUUUUGUUGUGUAUGGGGAAAAAAGAUUAUGUAAUUACUAUAGAAAUUGGGGGUCGAUUUGUUGAAGAAGUGAAGAAGAGUGGAUGGAAUGGAGAAUUGGAGUUUGUUGAGAUUGAUGAAGGGCAUUCGUUUCAGAUGUAUAAACCUGAAUCUGAAGAAGCUAAACGUAUGAUGAAGUGUUAUGCUGCUUUCAUCAAUCGCUAGUAAAAGACAGUUCGAUAGAUAAAGUGUCCUAAUGCAGAAUUUCAGGAAAACAAUACCUCAAGGGGUUGUGAGUUGUGACAAACAAAAUUUGCUACGCUCGUGAGUUGGAUUUGUAACUUUUUUUUGUUGUUACUGAUGAAUGUUUAUUGCAAAAUAAAACUCAAUUUUCAAUAAGAUAAAUCAGAGCA